UCCCCGUUCCGGAAGGGACGGACGGAGCUGCGGGCUUCCGGCGGUUACUGUGGCAGCUAGCCUAGCCAUGGAUCGCGCGCCGCGCCCCACCCAGAUUUGCUUUGCCCCUCGGCGCGCAGCAUUAACUCCCCCCCGCCCACCUACAAUCUCAAGCAUGGCAGAGGUGAAUGGGCCUUUAUAGAGCCACCAUUACUGAACCUGUCCCGACGUGGAAACGGACGGGCAGCGCCUCGUGCCAUUGUCUCUCCCCUGCCGCCCGCCUGCCUGCCUGGCUCUAGCAUAGUCUACACGAGUGAGUGAGAGUGAGUGGACACCAGUGUGUCGAGCUAGAGUAGCUUGGCUAAAGCCUGCCCGCUUUGCGGCGCUGAAGCUCUCCUCGCGCAUUUCCCAUGGCGAUCUCCGGCCUCUCCGUGGCGCUCGUCGCCACCUUGGCCUGCUGCAGCUGCCUCGUGCGGCUCUCCCAAUGCGCCGGCGGCGGCGCGGGACAGAACUACACCUCGAUGUUCAGCUUCGGCGACUCCCUGACCGACACCGGCAACCUGCUCGUGUCCAGCCCGCUCUCCUUCACCAUCGUCGGCCGCUUCCCCUACGGCAUGACCUACUUCCACCGCCCCACCGGCCGCUGCUCCGACGGCCGCCUCGUCGUCGACUUCCUCGCGCAAGCGUUUGGCCUGCCGCUGCUGCAGCCGUACCUGCAGUCGAAGGGGAAGGACCUCCGGCAGGGCGUCAACUUCGCCGUGGGCGGCGCGACGGCCAUGGGCCCGCCCUUCUUCGAGGGGAUCGGGGCGUCGGACAAGCUCUGGACGAACCUGUCCCUCAGCGUCCAGCUCGACUGGUUCGAGAAGCUCAAGCCUUCGCUCUGCAACUCGCCCAAAAAUUGCAAGGAGUAUUUCAGCAAGUCCCUCUUCCUCGUGGGCGAGAUUGGGGGAAACGACUACAACUACGCCUUCUUCAAGGGCAAGAGCUUGGACGACGCCAAAUCCUACGUCCCCACGGUCGCCACCGCCAUCAUCGACGCCACCGAGAGGCUGAUCAAAGGCGGCGCGAUGCACCUGGUGGUGCCGGGGAACCUGCCGAUGGGCUGCUCGUCGGCGUACCUGACGCUGCAUCCGGGCAAGAACAGCAGCGACUACGACUCCGUGGGCUGCCUGAAAACGUACAACGAGUUCGCGCAGCGCCACAACGCCAUGGUCCAGCAGAAGCUGCAGGGGCUUCGCCGGAAGUACCCGCAGGCCAGGAUCAUGUACGCCGACUACUACGGCGCCGCCAUGUCCUUCGCCAAGAAUCCCAAGCAGUUCGGGUUCAAGCACGGGCCGCUGAAGACGUGCUGCGGCGGCGGGGGCCCGUACAACUUCAACCCGAAGACGAGCUGCGGCGUGCGGGGGUCCAGCGUGUGCGAGGACCCGUCGGCGUACGCCAACUGGGACGGCGUCCACCUCACGGAGGCCGCCUACCACGCCAUCGCCGACAGCAUCCUCCACGGCCCUUACACCAGCCCCAGGCUGCUCUGACCCCGGGCCUAGCUCGAGGAGCCGGAACGGCGGCGCCUUGUGUUGUUCUGGCUUAAGCUAGCUAGUCGUGACGACGUCUCGGUGAUCACUGAUCUGUGUAAUGAUGUGUGCUGGAGAGAGCUUAGGGGUGGUGAAAUGUAAUGUUUGUACUACUUGUUGUAUAUGACUGCGCGUUUUCUGUGGCUGGUUUAUGUCGAAAACCUGUGAUCACAGUA